AUGGGAGUGGCGCCCCUUACGAUCCACAAUUUCAUGGAAUUUCUAGUGGGAGAUCAUCAUUCAGCAUAUCAUGGAGUAUUGGGAAGACCUGUUUUAAAAGAGCUAUGUGCAGUAACCUCCAUCCACAACCUCUGCAUAAAGUUCCCCACUGAACGGGGCAUUGCUAUUGUCAGAGGCGACCAACAAAGUGCCAGGGAAUGUGAUUCUAGCUCUUUUCCAUCACUAAAAGAUCAGCCCCAACUCAAGUCCCCACCGGCAAAAGAGGUGAGCUUUAAAUCCAAAAAGGUACAAAGCCUUAGAAGACGAGGUGCAAAAGUUGAUCACCAACCAAUUUAUCAGGGAGUCAAUUUAUCCAAAGUGGGUUUCCAACCCGUUCUUAGCCAAGAAGCACAACGGGAAGUGGAGAGUAUAUGUAGACUUCACGAAUCUGAACAAGGCUUGCCAAAGGACAGCUUUCCACUCCCACGAAUAGAUCAGUUGGUUGAUUGCACAGCUGGCCACGAAUUGUUGAGUUUUAUGGAUGUUUACUCCGAUUAUAAUCAAAUCCCAAUGAACCCUGCAGAUGAAGAGCACACAUCCUUCAUUAUGGACACAUGUCUGUAUUGCUAUAAGGUGAUGCCCUUCGGGUUGAAAAACAUCGAAGCCACCUACCAGAGACUUGUAAACAAAAUGUUUGCUGACCUCCUAGGCAAAAUAAUGGAGGUCUAUGUAGACGACAUGCUGGCGAAAAGCCUGGAGGCUAACGACCACAUCCAGUACUUGGAAAAGAUCUUUAAGAUUCUUCGCAGGUUAGAAUGA